AUGUUACAUGAGAAUCAAACUUAUGUUGUUGACAUUACUAGUGAUGAUCUACUUGUUGAGUUACAGGAACUCAUAGGAACUUGUUUUUUGUUCUGUUUCUGCAGUUGGUUCUUCAUCUGUGUGUUUGCAGUGCUGACAGAUAAAGUAUCUCUGCAGGACACAGUAGAGGCUUUUAUUGGUGGUUCCGUUAUUUUGCCGUGUUCUUUAUCUGCACAAGAUCUUACACCGCAAGACAUUAAUGUGCACUGGAGGCAGAACGGCAGCAAGAUUGUGUACGACAUAGUUAAGGGUGAAGAUUCAGUAGCGUUUCAGGACUCAGAGUUCAAGAACAGAGCUGAAAGUUUCCCUGACGAGUAUCUGAGUGGAAACUUCUCCAUCAAACUCAACAAUCUUCAACACACUGAUGGAGGAACAUACAACUGCUACAUCACUCACUCAUCUGAACUUAAGACUAUACAACUGACCAUCAACGGAGCAGACAGUGUGGGGGAAUCAUUGCUCUGGGUUUACAUUGUAGUACCUGUAUUAACUAUAGUGUUUAUUGCCGGUUUAAUCCUAUUUUGCUGGGGGGAAAAAAAAACUCAAGCUUCCUCAAUCUCUUUUGUUUCAACUGAUGAACAAAUAGCAGCUGUAAAUGACAAAUUUGUAUAAAAGUUUACCGUUUACUUUCUAUGACUUUUCUGAUUAUGUUUUACUUUUAGCUGAAUUGUUAUGUCUUU